AUGUACACCUUCCUCGCUCUCCGCCGCCGGCGCGACCUGGAAACGUGUUGUGCACUUCUGGAAGCCGCCAUGGAUACCCACGCCUACCGCAACUACUACGACUUCGCGUCUACCGCCUCCUCUCCCUCCCUCCGCGCCUUUGAGCCUCAGCCCCAGCCACCGCAAUCCGCCAUGGACGACCCCGGCAACGUCAAGGUUGUCGUGCGAUGUCGCGCCUUCGUGCGCAGAGAGAUCGAGCGUGGCGCCCAAUGCCUCAUUCGCAUGGACCCAGCCACCCAGACCACGACCCUUCUGCCGCCCGCCGAAGCCACCGACCCCGCAAACUCGCGCGUCAACAGCCGCAAGGUCUACGACGAGAAGUCAUACAUCUUCGACAAGUCUUUCUGGUCCCACAAUGAGUCGGAUCCGCACUACGCCCACCAGGAAGACGUCUAUAGCUCGUUCGGCGAGGAGUUUCUCGACCACAACUUCGAUGGCUACCACACCUGCAUCUUUGCCUACGGCCAGACUGGCUCCGGCAAGAGUUACACCAUGAUGGGCACACCCGAGCAGCCCGGUCUGAUCCCGCGCACUUGCGAGGCUCUUUUCGACCGCAUCAAAAACGAACCGAGCCCCAACACCACUUACAGCGUUCACGUGUCCUACUUUGAAGUUUACAACGAGCACGUUUGCGAUCUGUUGGCCCAUCGCACCAAUCCGCCUGUCUACUUGAAAAUCCGCGAGUCCCAGACCGAUGGUGUUUAUGUUCAGGGCCUGACCGACGCGGCUGUACGAAGCCAUGCAGAUGUUGAGCGUCUUAUGAAGAUUGGUGAUCUUAACCGUACGACCGCUGCCACUAAGAUGAACGACUCUUCGUCGCGCUCUCACGCCGUCUUCACCAUCAAUCUCAAGCAAAUGCAACACUCGUUGCUCACUGAUGAGACGAUCGAGCGCUCGGCUCGCAUGCGUCUUGUCGACCUGGCUGGAUCUGAGCGUGCCAAGAGCACCGAGGCUACAGGACAGCGUCUGCUUGAGGGUGGUAAGAUCAACAAGUCUCUUACAACCCUUGGCCGUGUGAUUGCAGCUCUGGCUCAGAAUGCUGGCAGCGGCUCCACAUCUGACGGCCGCCCCCGCAGUGGCCAUGGAAAAAAGCGCGAGAUUGUUCCCUACCGCGACAGUGUCCUGACCUGGCUGUUGAAGGACUCUCUCGGUGGCAAUAGUAAGACCGCCAUGGUUGCUUGCGUCGCCCCCGCCGAUUACGACGAGACUCUGUCGACUCUUCGUUAUGCCGACCAAGCUAAGCGCAUCCGCACUCGUGCUACCAUCAACGAAGACUCCAUGUCGUCUGCCGAGCGCGACGCCCAGAUUUCCGCCAUGGCCGAGCAAAUUCGCCAACUGCAGACCUCGGUCAACGCCUCUACCCUACGCCGCCAACAGGCCGAGGCAGCGGAGUUGGAGGAUUAUCAGCGCCGGGUAGAAGUCAUGCAGCGUCUCAUGGAGGAGACCCGCCAGGUUUCCGAGGCCAAGAUCAAGGCCUUGACUGCAGAGGUCGAGGAACUCCGUCCACUCAACCAAACUUUGCGUGCUGAGUCGGAAGCUUUGCGUCGCCAUCUGGCUCUUGCAUUGGGCGAGCUGAAGAACCCCAUCGUGCUGCCACCUAUCCAGGGUCUGGAUCUGUACGGUGGACUGGAGGAAGAGGAGGAAAAUGUCGCUCCUGAACACGAGAACAAGGAGAACGAGCCGAAUGCGGGUAGGAAGCUCGUCGAGGAGGAAGAUCAGCAUGAACUGCUUGCUGCAGAGUUGCAGUCUCAUGCGGAUGAGUUCCUGAAGGAUCUUGGUCUGUUCAGGCGGAAGGUCAACGAUGACUUUACGCGUUUCGGCUCAAGAGCUCCGCUGGCAGACGUCGCGGUCAAUUGA